AUGGCCCACCGAUACGUAGACACAGAUGACGUAACUCCCCCUCCCGCGAAGAGAACCCGGUUCGAUAACGUAGAAGAUCCUACAACCCCCGACGAUCUUGACUUCGAUUUCUACGACACCUCUGCUGCACCUUCGCUGCCGCAAACACCGCAAAACAUGGCGCCAACUAAGCUUGAGCCCGCCACAGAUUCCAGGCCAUUCGGCGGCAUACCAGGUCUGGGACUCUUGGGAUCUACUCAACAACCCGUGCAAGCGUCUCAGAAAGCCAACCCAAGUGGAGGCCAUACAACCGACGAGACGAAAGAACAGCAUGAAGUAUUGCCGCAUAGCCUGCCGUCCCUACAUUCGAGUGGCCUGAUCGAUGGGGCUCGCCCAAACGCAAACACCGAAGCAGAAACUACCAACGGCGAGAGGUCGCAUGAUGCCGCGAUCAAGCAGGAGGCAGCUUCACAUCUCGCGUAUGCUCGAGCGGUUUUUGCUGAGUCGCAGCAACACCGCUCUGCCCAGCCCUCAGCACCUGCUGUUGGCCUCGAGCACGCCGAAGAGGAGAUAAACGACAAGACAAGCCCGGAGAUUGCGAAGGGGGAAAUCAUCACCGAAGCCGAAGCGGCAGUCCGGGGUUCCGGCUCUUUACCCUCCAGUGUCGCCACCGUCGCUGAAAGUGAGCUUCCUGGUAAGUCGGUCGCGGCGCCAGAAGCACAGCAGACUGUAGAUACACCAAUCAUUGCAGACGAAUCUCCGAGAUCAUUGCACAAAAGUGCUCCAGUCUCCGACCCAGCAGUCUCAGUUGCGGGUAUUUCUACGGCUGCGGAACCUCAUAACAUUGAUGAAGACUUCCUAAAAGUGGGCGAAGCGAACAAAAGCGACGCCAACGCGGAGUGGCAGCUUGACUCGUCAGACGAUUCUUCCGAUUCCUCUAGCGAUUCGUCGUCUGAUAGCAGCAGCGACGAUGAGGACGAUGAUGAGGAUGAGGCGCAGCUUCUGACUGCUGAAGAGCAGGCGCGGAUAUUGAUGGCGGAGGAUUACGAUGAGGACGGUGGUAGCCACGGACAAGAGAUUCCGCGUACGAAGAACGAGGUGUUGCAGCUGAAGUUCGAGAAACCCGAUGUGAUAGUAACACCGGAUAUGAAGGUCGUCGAGCUUGGCCAUGUGGAGCAAAUCAGUCACGAUCCGCAAGCUUCUAUAAUUCUCAUUAAGGCAAAGACGACCGGCGAAUACCGUGUUCUCGAUUCUGGCUCAGUGCUCUGUCUCGAAGACCGAUCAGUCAUCGGAGCAGUGGCGGACGUUAUCGCGCAGGUCCAUCAACCGCGGUAUUUCGUUAACUUCAACAACCCUACUGAGAUUGAGGCGGCCGGUAUCACAAAAGCAACUACAGUUUUCUAUGUUGAGCAGCACUCUACAUAUGUUUUCACCCAAGCCUUGAGAGGCAUAAAGGGUUCCGAUGCUUCCAACAUGCAUGAUGAGGAGCCUGCGGCGCACGAGAUCGAGUUUUCUGAUGAUGAGGCCGAAGCUGAAUACAAACGGCAGCUGAAAAACAACAAGGAAGAGAGGAAAGCCAUGCGCGAUGAACGUAGGGGAAGCGCCGCCAUGCCGGCCCAUCUGAAGAGGUAA